GCCACGCCGCCGCCGCCUGUUUCAGCCCGCUGCAGUCAGUCGUCGGGUCAUUUACCAAUGGCCUGCCCACUGAACGACGAUGACGUUAACGUCCAGCGCGACGCAGUCCUCGGCCACGGCGUCGAUGGGACCGUCUACAAGGGUAUCUUCCGCGACCAAGUCGUGGCCGUCAAGGAGCUCCACACGCUUGGCCCGCGCGACGUCCGCCGCCUCAUCGAAUGCUCGAGUCCGCACGUCGUACGCAUCUUGGCCCACAACGAGACACAACUUGUGCUCGAGUACAUGGACUUGGGCAACCUCCGCGCCCACCUCGAUAUGGCGCUCAAGACGUCAUCCACGAUCUCGUUUUUCGUCAAGCUCCAGAUCGCAUAUGGAAUCGCCCAAGCACUCGAGUACUUUCAUAGCAUUGACUUGGUGCACGGCGCAAUCAAGUCGGCCAACGUCCUCUUGAGCACCACAAAAGGCGUCAAGCUGGCCCAUGGCGGCAUCGCGGGACCUCGCACCGAGGCGCUGUGGACGACGGCCGGCCCGCCGUUCUGGACGGCCCCCGAAGCGCUCGAUGUGGGCGCGACGCUCCAACCGUCGGCCGACAUUUACUCGCUUGGCGUCAUUCUCGCCGAGCUGGAUACGCUCAAGCGGCCGUUUACAAACACAACGAUGAACUCGUUUGCGGUGCUCAACGACGUCCGCGCCGGCACCCGCCGCCCCGAGCUCCGCGCCAACUGUGCCGAGUGGUACAAGCGCCUCGCGCUGUCUUGCUUGGCGUUUGAUCCGACAGCGCGUCCGUCCGCGGCCGACGUGGUUCUGUGCCUGCGCAAGCAGCUCGACGAUGAAUCGAGUAUCGCCUGAAUCGUUCGUCGUUGCAUCUCGACAAAAGAAGAGGAGAUUCGUUUAUAUAAAGUUGAUAGAGUAGGAUGCCAC